AAGAAAGAGGGAGAGAUUGAUCCAAAAUUCUGGGAAGUGAUGUUAAGUGCCAAAAAAUCUGAUUAUGAGCGCAUCUGUCAAGAAUUUGGAGUCACUGACUAUCGGUGGAUGCUAAAACAGCUCAACCUGAAGAAAAAAGAGAAGGAAGAUGAACAAGCAAAGGUGGUUGAAAAUGUUGGCAACAUGAAGCCAAUUGAAGUGAAGACAAGUGGCAGAGCUGAGUUUGAGUUCGAUAUGAAGCUUAAGGACGCAAACAGUAAAAUUUGUCUCUACAAAGAUGGUCAAAUGCUUGAUUAUGGCGAUGACACUGAUGAUUCCUCCAAACACAAUAUGAAGAAGACUGGUGACAAAUACAUGUUUAGCGUAAACAAUCUUGGCUUGAAUGAUGGUGGACUAUACCAGGUGGAUGUUGAAGAUGUCAACAUUAUUUCAACGACCUUAGCAAUUCCGGAUGUGGAAUUUGAUGGUAUGCUAAAAGAUGCUAAAGUGGUUGAGGGGCAGGAUGCCAUGUUUGAGGGCAUUUUUUCUGGCCCUGUACCUCAGAUCACUUGGUGUGCCAAUGACAUCUCUGUUGAGCAUGGAGACAAGUACAAUAUCACAGUCUCUGAAGACAAGCUCACCCACAGAUUGGUAGUAAAGAACUGCAAAAAAGAGGACAAGGGUGUGUACACUGCUAUUGCUGGGAUUAAAUCAUCCAGGGCCACCCUUGCUGUUGAUGAAGACUCUAACAUCAAGGGAAAAGGUCGAGGUGGUGCAAGUGACGGAGCAGAUGUUUUUGCAAGACGUCUGGCAGAUGAACAGGCCAGACUGCAAAGAGAAAAAGAUGAAGCAGCCAGGAGAGGCAAGGGUACAGAUGGGAGAGGUGAUGGAGCUGAUGGCCGUGGUGGUGCAGCAGAUGGUCGUGGUGAUGGAGCGCAUGGCCAUGGUGGUGCAGCAGAUGGUCGUGGCGUUGGAGCUGAUGGCCGUGGUGGUGCAGCAGAUGGUCGUGGUGAUGGAGCGCAUGGCCAUGGUGGUGCAGCAGAUGGUCGUGGUGUUGGAGCUGAUGGCCGUGGUGGUGCAGCGGAUGGUCGUGGUGAUGGAGCUGAUGGCCGUGGUGGUGCAGCGGAUGGUCGUGGUGAUGGAGCUGAUGGCCAUGGAGGACUUGGCGAAGAUGGAAGAGAAGGAUGUGGAGUUGAUGCGACCGGGGAGUAUGGACAAGGUGGCCUUGAAGGACUUUACGGAAGUGGAGGUAAUAGACUUGGAAGAGAUGCAACAGGGAAAUACGGACAAGGAGGAGAUGGUAAAGAUGGAAGUGGAAAGGAUUCUGGAAUGGGUUUGGGAGCAGAUGGACUGGGAGGCCAGUCAGCUGUGGUUGGAUCUGGUGGCGAUGGUACAGGUAUGUUAAUGACAAAAUUGUACAUAAACUCUGUCAACAUUUUACAUUGCUUAUUAUUUAAAGCUGCAGUCCAUAACUUUUUUUGGUUAAAAAUGAUCCGAAAUCAAUAUUUGAGCAAGUACAUAAACAGCCAGUGUUCAAAACUAUCACCUUACUUUAGCCCAAUUAACAACGAUAAAGUGCACUUUGCAAGUGGCUUAACAGACAAAAAUGCUCUCCGUGGCAAACCUGCAGAGCUAUUGUGUAAACUAAAUACUGACAAAAUUGAUGGUGUGUGGUAUAAAGAUGGAAAUAAGCUGACUUCCAAAGAUGGAGUGGUAAUCUCUAAGGAUGGUUGUACACAUAAACUCAUUAUCCAGAAUUGCAAGGAUUCUGAUGUAGGUCUAUAUCAUUUUGAGGUAAAUGGUUGCAAGACAGAGGCCAUGGUGAGAGUUGGAGAUCUUCCAGAAUUCGAUCCUGAUGCUUUGCAAAAGUUCUCAAACCCUGUGAUAGUGAAAGCAGGCCAGAGUGCAUCUUUUAAGAUGUCAUUUCCUCCACAAGCUUCACUGGAGAUUAAAUGGUUUAAAAAUGGUUUGGAGCUUCUUGAUGGUGGUUCGGUGAAAGUGGUGAAGGAAUCAAACCACAACCGUCUUCAAAUAAAAGACUGCCUGCGAUCGGAUACUGGUCAAAUCAAAAUCCAGCUAAAAAAUCCUUUUGGUUCUAUUGAAGCUUUGUCUAGCCUUAUAGUACUAGACAAGCCAGGUCCACCACAAGGCCCACUAGAAGUGAAUGAAAGCACAUCCUCGGUCCUUGAACUGAAAUGGAAUCCUCCGAAGGAUGACGGUGGCUCAGAAGUAACCAACUACAUAAUUGAGCGUCAACAGAUCGGGCAGAGUACCUGGAAAAGGGUUGGGGAUAUUUCAGCUAACCAUCUAACCUUCAGAGACAGAAACGUAUCUCUUGGCAAGAGGUACAUCUAUCGUAUCUACGCUGAGAAUCUUGAGGGCGUCAGUGAAGCGAUGGAGACUGAAAAAAUCAUGGCUGGCACUUUAAUGUUCCCUGGUCCACCAGGCAUGCCGAAGGUGGUCAGUGCAUUCAAAAACUGUAUAAACCUAACAUGGACCCCUCCAGAGAAAGAUGGAGGGAAUAAAAUCUUGGGCUACCAGCUAGAGAAACGCAAAAAAGAUACAAACCAGUGGGUGAUUCUGAACCCAGUUAAGGACCCUAUCCAAGUUCUGAAGUAUGCAGUGAAAGAUGUGUCAGAGGGGUCAGAGUAUGAGUUCAGAGUAACAGCCAUUAAUAUGUCUGGGCCUGGAGAACCCAGUGCUCCUUCUAUGAUUGUCUGCGCUAAAAACCCCAACAUGAAGCCCCAUUUCAAAGAUCCUGAAGACUUUAUGGUUGUGAGAUCAGGAAAUUCUAUCAGAAUCAAAAUUAAUUAUGAGGCCUCUCCACCACCAGACAUUACCUGGCUUAAGAAUGGGGAACCUGUAUCUCCCUGGAACAAGAUCAUUCAUGCUGAUGGCACUUGCACGCUUGUCAUACCCUCCUCAAAGUAUUCAGAUUCAGGAGUCUACACCAUUGUGGCUAAAAACUCAAGUGGGCAAGCCAGCUUUGACGUAGAGGUCAGAGUAACAGAUGAACCCAAGCCCCCAGGCCCAGUGGCGCUAGAACAGGUGGUUUAUGGCAAAGUCAUUAUCACAUGGAGUCCUUCUCCAGACCACAACAAAGAUGACCGACUGCACUACAUGUUGGAAGAAUAUAACUCCAACACACGCAUUUGGCGCAGAAUAGCCGACCACCUUCUCUGUACUACCUACACUACCAGCAUUCAACCAGGUCAAGAAUAUCACUUCAAAGUCUAUGCAAAAAAUGAUAUGGGAGUUUCUGAUCCUUCAGAAUCACCAACAUGGGGCAAAAACAACAAUAAAGUUCCAAUGCCCUCAACUGUGUCAGCCGUGGUCACUUUGGAAAGGCCACCAUCCAUCCUGGUUCCACUUAAACUCCACACUCCACCAAAAGGAUACCAGUGCUACAUGACCUGCGCUGUCCGCGGCUGUCCCAGCCCAUACAUUGCAUGGUACCAUAACGGGAUUUGCAUCAACUCCGACAACAACUACUACAUCACAAAUGCAUCUGGUGUCUGCUCUAUGUACAUCCUCAGAGUUGGGCAUGAAGAUAGUGGCGAGUACAAAGUGGUGGCAGUCAACCCAUUUGGCAAGGCAGAGUGCUCUUCUACAUUAAAAGUGAAAGAUUGAUCUGCACUCCACUGGAGACGCUAGUUUUUGCUCUGCUUCUGCCACAACUAAUUUCCUGCAUGCAUUUUAAGCUAAGACAGUGCAUGAAUAUAAAUGAACAUAGCUAUGGUUGCAACUGAGAACACAUAGAAUUUAAUAUUAUACCAAGGAAUGUGUAGCCUGCUACUAAAAACAAAAGAUUUUGGAAAGUAUAUAAGUGUAUGUGACUUCACAAUAUGCAAAUAAACAUUUUCU